AUGCUCAAGUCGGUUUUCCUAAUUGGUUCUCUUGUGGCAAUCGCCUUUGGACAGUCGUGUGAUCCAACGAAAGUUACAGCUCCAUGCGACGCUUCCCUCCCAUGUGCCACGGGAUCUACCUGUGAUCUUACACUUGGAAGUUGUUGUUUGAAUGCUGAUGUUGUCACCACAACCGUCCCAACCAUCGACGUCACCGCCACCGGCACAUUAUCCACUACUAGAAUCACCGGAGGAGUCACUGUCACCUCAAGAACUGUCACCUCAAGCACCGGAUGCAUCGAUCGGGUCAAUCCAGCCACAGGAACAUCUGACUGUGCCUCCCGUAGGGCUCUUUGCAACGACUCAAACUAUUACGAUGUGAUGACUCAACAAUGUCCAAAAACCUGCGGAAGAUGCUCAUCCUUCUCGACAACUCGUUCCACUGGAACAUGUGUCGAUUUGACGAAUCCAAAGACAGGAACUUCUGAUUGCGCUAGCAUGACAGCCUACUGUAACGACUCCAACUACAUUGCUCUGAUGAGAGUUCAGUGUCCAAGAACUUGCGGAUUCUGUGGAAGUUCGUCAUCAUCAUCAUCGACGAUCAGAUCUUCAAGCUCUACUGUUGCAACAGGAACCACUUGUGUCGACCAAGUCAACGCUGCCACCGGAACUUCCGACUGUCCAAACCGUCGUGCUUUCUGCACAAAUUCCGCCUACAUCUCCCUCAUGCGCACUCAGUGCCCACUCACCUGCGGAUUCUGCACAUCUGGAUAA